GGCGGGGUCCCGCGGUCACUGAAAGACUCCGACCCAGCUGGAUCCACCCAGUCUCUCAUUGACUGCCGGUUCCCGCCCUGUCACAGACGCCUGCUCCAGACCCGGUGCCGCCAUGCCCAAGUGUCCUAAGUGCGACAAGGAGGUGUACUUUGCUGAGCGGGUGACCUCUCUGGGCAAGGACUGGCACCGGCCCUGCCUCAAGUGUGAGAAAUGUGGAAAGACAUUGACCUCUGGGGGUCAUUCCGAGCAUGAAGGCAAGCCUUAUUGCAACCACCCUUGCUACUCUUCCAUGUUCGGGCCCAAAGGCUUUGGGCGGGGUGGAGCUGAAAGUCACACUUUCAAGUAAACCCAGGUUGUGGAGACCCUGUCCCCUGCCGCCUGCAGGGCCAUUGUUCAGUCAGAUGCCAGGCCUCACCGUGGACACCCAGGGUUUUCUUGUACCCCUUGCGCCUUCAAUAAACUUAUAACACUUGGAAAAGCA